AUGUACAUGGUCCCUCGUGCGAGCAGCAGCAGCGCAGCAGCAGCAGCAGCAGCGCCAGCCGCGGCUUACAACCAGGCGGUCGGCGUCGCGGUGGACGCGCUGCUCGAGCGGGCGCCCAACCCGCGCCGCUGCGAAAGAGGCGAGGUCUUCAAGGGCCCGGUGACCGUGCUCGUAGAUGUGAAGGAUGAGAGCGGGGCAGUGAUCGGUCAAGUCGAGCGCCCCAUCACGCUGUCGGACGCGAAGAACGCGAAGGGCGGCUUCCACGCAAGGGUCCAAGCCAUCAACGCGUGGCUCGCCGCGGCGCAGCCCGAUGUACCGCUCAUCCCCGAGUACUGCGCCUGCUGGGCCGCGCCCGACGCCUACCUGCGGACCGACAAGGACGGCAAGCGGGAAGACGAGUGCAUGGCGGACUUCCCCUCGGAGAAGCGGUGGAGCGGCGAGUGGUGGCGCUUCUGGCGGGAGCACAUCGAGCCGGCGAUCGCCGGCAAGGUUCCGGGACCCCCGCGCAAGUCGGUGUACCAGAAUCUGUCCGAUCUGCGGGAGGGUCCGGCGAGCGGCCACAGGGCCAAGCGGCAGAAGCUGGGCCCGGCCGCGUCGCCAGGCGCGGCCGGCAGCCAUUCGGCAAGCGCGGCCGAGCCGCUCGUGGGCGCCGUGGUCCCGGUGCACGGGCCCGGUGAGGCGGAGGGUUUGCGCUUGAACCCGCCGGCGCCGGCGCAAGCGGCGGUGGCGGCGGCGCGGGCUGAGCGGGCCGAGCCGCCACCCGCCGCCGCGUCCCCGCGGCGCCGCACCAAGGCCGGCAGCGGCGGAGGCGGCGGAGGCGGCGGCGUGAGCGGGAGCUGCAGCGGCGGGAGCGGGAAUAGCGCGAGCGUCGGGAGCGGCGAGGGCAGCGGAGGCGGCGAGUACGAGGCUCCGGCUCCUCCUCCCCGAGCGGUGGGGGGGGCGGCGAGGGCAGCGGAGGCGGCGGCGGAGGCGGCGGCGGCGGCGGCAGGACAGCAGGCUGCGCAGGAGCCGCUAGUCGCCGAGGCGGAGGGCUUACGGCUGCACCUCUCGAGCAGCAGUGCCACCGGGUACAGGGGCGUGUUCAAAAAUGGCUCGCGAUUCCAGGCGAAACAACAGGUGGACGGAAGGCAGGUCGACCUCGGCACCUUCGGCACGGCGGUGGAGGCGGCGGUGGCGUAUGCGCGGGCGGUCGAGGGAUACACGCCAGCAGUGGCAGCCGAGCCAGCGGCUGUGGCUGCAGAAGCGGAGGUGGUUGCAGAAGCGGAGGGCUUGAGAUUGCACCUCUCCAGCAGCAGUGCCACCGGGUACAAGGGCGUGCACGAGCAAUCUGGCCGCUUCCGGGCGAAGCACAAGGUGGACGGAAGGCAUCAAUCCCUUGGCUACUUCGGCACGGCGGUGGAGGCGGCGGUGGCGUAUGCGCGGGCGGUCGAGGGAUACACGCCAGCGGUGGCAGCCGAGCCAGCGGCUGUGGCUGCAGAAGCGGAGGUGGUUGCAGAAGCAGAGGACUUGAGAUUGCACCUCUCCAGCAGCGGUGCCACCGGGUACAAGGGCGUGUUCAAAAGUGGCUCGCGCUUCCAGGCGCGGCACACGGUGGACGGGGAGAAGGCCUACCUCGGCACCUUCGGCACGGCGGUGGAGGCGGCGGUGGCGUAUGCGCGGGCGGUCGGGGAAUACCAGCCUCCGGCUCCUCCUCCGAUUGUGGCUGCAGAAGGGGAGGUGGUUGCAGAGGCAGAGGGCUUGAGAUUGCACCUCUCCAGCAGCGGUGCCACUGGGUACAAGGGCGUGAGCAAAAGUGGCUCGCGCUUCCAGGCGCGGCACACGGUGGACGGAAGGCAUCAAUCCCUUGGCUACUUCGGCACGGCAGUGGAGGCGGCGGUGGCGUAUGCGCGGGCGGUCGGGGAAUACACGCCAGCGGUGGCAGCCGAGCCAGCAGCGGUGGCUGCAGAAGCGGAGGUGGUUGCAGAAGCGGAGGGCUUGAGAUUGCACCUCUCCAGCAACAGUGCCACCGGGUACAAGGGCGUGAGCAAAAAUGGCUCGCGCUUCCAGCCGCUUCCUUGGGUGGACGGGGAGAAGGCCUACCUCGGCACCUUCGGCACGGCGGUGGAGGCGGCGGUGGCGUACGCGCGGGCGGUCGGCGAGGCGCCGGGCCAGGCCGAGGCAGCCAAGGCGGUGCGCGUCGCCAAGGCCGAGCAGCUGCGGCAGCUGCAGCAGCUGCGGGAGCGGCAGCUGCAGCAGCUGCGGGAGCAAAAGCGACGGCUGCAGGAGCAGAAGCCGCUGCUGGAGGAGCAGCGGAGGCGGGCCGCAAUCGAGGAAGGGAGGCCCAGAAGCGGAGCGGCCAGCCGCCAGCGCCAGCGCCAGGCGGGCGGGGGCGGUGGGAGCGGCGGAGGGGGAGGGAGCGGCGGCGGGAGCGGCGGUGGGAGCGGUUGCGGCGGCGGCGGCGGCUGCGGUGGGUCCAGCAGCGGCGACGCAGGGUCGAGCGGCGGCAUCGUCGACGUCGAUUGCGCGGUGGACGCUCUCGUGGCGGCGGUGCUCGCUGGAGCCCCCCGCGCUGUGCAGGACCCUUGGGGCUGCCUUGGGCUGCAGCGGUUGACGGGCCGCGAGGCGAGCCGGAAGCGGUACCUGCAGCUGGUGCGGCGGCUCCACCCAGAUCGGUGCGGCCACCCGCGCGCCGGAGAGUGCUUCGCGCUCGUCGAGGAGGCGUGGCGAGCCAUCGAGGCGCGCGGGGAGGUCGGAAGGAGCGCCGGAUAG